AUGAACAGAAAAGUACACAACUCUCAAGAGCUAAAUAUUCAAUUACCAUUAGUAGUUCCGGAUCAUAAACACAAGGGAAAACUGCUGUUUUCAGACCAAACGUUAAUUAUUAAAGACUGUAUCAAGUCUAUAUUAUCUACCAUAACAUUUCAUAGAGCUCUUGGAGAAAUUUACCCACUCGGAACAGAUUGUGAAGUUUUGGACCAAAUUAGUUAUCCUAGUAUUGAUGAAAAGGAAUUAAAUCAAACGAUAUCACAACAUACACAAAGAGUCAUUGAAUCGUUUCAGAAUUUUCUCAAGGCCUGUAUGAAUUUGUCUGAAAAUUUCUUUUCCACACCUAGUUGUACAAAAACUCCAUCCACCCCAACAACAAACACCAAGAAAACUCCAUCCGCCACUCCGAUUAUCAAACUACCAGAAAGCAUUCUUUACAAGUCCUUCAAUUUUGAAGUUAAAUACUAUACUCUUAAAAAAGCAGACUCUAGUUUUUAUAGUUUUUUCGGAGGAAAGAGAGAAGAGAAGGUCCCUUUUGAAUCAUGGAACAUACCAUUCAAAAUUUCUUGGAACACUCAAUGGAAUCAUUUAUUUGAAGGAUUUCCUCUAGUUAAGGUUAUGUCGAACGAGAAGGAAUCGGAUAUUCAAGGCAAAAUGUUAAAUAGUCCUAAUAAUCCUACUCUUCCUCCUGAUGUUUCCAAAUUACAGGAACAACUUAGGAAGCGAUUGGUAUUAAUAAUACAAUCAGCACAUGAAGAUAUACCGCAUUUGCCUGGCCUUACAGAAGAAAAUUUAUCAUCAGUGAAUGGAAAAAGCUUUCCUUUUGACAUUGUAUUCACAGAUGAUUCAAGAGAUGAUUCCAACAAAAGAUCCACAUGGCUUAAUUUUUUCUAA